AUGAAGACACCCGGAGUUGAAGGCGGUUCAGUCCGCAGAAACGGAAAGCCGACCUCCUGCGAGCCAUGCCGGCUGUCCAAAAUCCGAUGCGACCAUGCUCGACCGACGUGUAAUCGGUGCGUCCAGAGAAAGCUCACUGCGAAGUGCUUUUAUCAUCCUGCGCCGUUGACGCGACCACGCGGCAGCGCCAAGUCUCGUCGACAGACCCAAUCCACUCCGUCUACUGCCAGGACAGAACAAAGUCUUGACAGACAGCUUCCAAUUAGUCCUGCGGCCUGCCCCCAACUGCAGACACCAGGUGGGUCCUCCGGGAUCGUAGAGAGUGAACCCUCCACCACUGGUCGGGUGAACUAUCUCGGCCCGUCCAGCUUCCUGUCUGUCUUCCACGACGUCAGCCCCAACCUUGAGGUCUCGACAUUUGCCCGAUCCUCAGUCCUAUGGGGACGCUGGACUAGUGCCUCGCCCAGUAUCACGCGACGACUGGUCCAGCUUCUUCGUCCGCUCGCGACGUAUGAAGAAUUGCUCAUCCAGAAAUACGACGAAUGCCGAUUCACCGUCAUCCCGGAGCCGCUGGUCCUCAGACCCCUAAGGCUGCUUCGAGCGCAGGUCGAAGACAGACGAUGGUUUGAUGAUGAAGAGGCCCUCGCGUCUAUGAUCACUCGUAACACAGCAGAAAAGUCGAUUGAUAUCACCCCCAACAUGACGGCAGACGAGUUCUACGCGACCUUCACCGGAGACAACCUUAGAUGGGAGUUCGUGGGACUGAUAUUCACUCUGGCUGGUCUGGCGGCAACGACAGCGUGGAACCAGCACCAAACGUUUCUAGAAGAUAGAGAUCGAGAUGCGUUCGCAGAGGAGAUGGCUGCCGCAAGUAACGCCUGCAUCGAGAUUUGCAACCAGUAUGACAACGUCAAUGAUCUGGUGGUAUGGCUGUACUAUACGCACUUUUCUCUGGCGGCUGACGCGAUGGAAGAUCUGAGCCACUACGUUUAUCGGCUCUACGGAGAGUUGAUAUCUCACAUGCAUGCCUUAGGUCUACAUCGACUCCAAAUAUCGAACGCAGAGAUCCCCUUCUUUCUAUCAGAAACGCGCAAGAGACUGUUCACCGCGUGCUACCGCACAGACAAAAACAUGGCGAUGUUUCUGGGUAGACCACCUCGACUGCAGGACCAUUUCUGCGACACCGACAUGCCCCUCGACCUUGACGAUGGCAGUCUUGUUCUGGACCCGGAGGCUCUCAAGCAAGUACUCGCCGGAUUGUCUCCAGAUGGAUGGGGUGACGUGCCGAUUGAGAAAGGCAACAUCCGCCCGGCAACAGCCGUUCGAGUACGAUAUAUGAUAGCAAAACUACGAGAACGGGUCGUGGUGUUUUUUGUCGGCAAGAAGACCAAGACGUUCGAUGAGGAUGUGCAGGCAGUAUACCUUGACUUGAAACAUUUGUGGGACACAAUCCCCGUCCAAUUUCACUACCAUACCACUGGCUUCGGGGAUAAAAACCCUGCGACCGCAGCAAUCAGGGUGAUCACCUGUUUGGAAUACCUUCACACAAUAUCGCAGAUCGAACGGAUCCGAUGUCGCGAUAGCCCAGACGCCAUGCAUAACCUGCUGGACUCAUCGAUGCGGAUUGUCACCGCUCUGAUUGACUUCAUCAAAGCACGGAAGCAGGGUGGGAAUAUUCAGAAGGAGUACACGGGAGUGUUUCUAUUGUACGGUCUCCCAGCUGCAGGCGUCCUUGCCAUCGAGCUCCAUCGCUGCACCGUCUCGGAAACGCCGCUACCCUCAUGUAUUCCUCGGUCUAAAAUAAUUCGGAACCUUGGCCUAUUGGUAUCAUGGUUCGAAGACGCCAAUAGCUCCAUGAGCGUCACCCAGAAGAACUGUGUGCAGGUGAGCGAGGUGAUCACAAGGCUGCUCGAUGAGACGUUGAACCACCAACCCGGGGCUGGGUUGCAAACAACCGGUCAAUUCCAGCAUCGGCUGGGGCCUGACACUAGCGAGCGGCCGAUGAUUGAUGGAGUUACGGCAGUAGCCUCUGAUACCGGGAGCCUGGUGCUGCCGGAUGAGAAUUGUGCCAACGUGAAUACAUUCGGAACCAGUGUUGAGUUUUUGGAUUGGUGGGAUGAGUUCUGGGUGGAUGGAGCUAUUCCAGAGGCUGUUUUGUGA